GAUGAGUUUUGGCGGCAGAAAGCCCAUGUGAAAUGGGUGACGGACGGGGAGAGGAACUCGGGGUACUUUCACUCUGUGGUGAAGGAUCGCCGCCGGAAGCUUUACAUUCACCGCAUACAGGACGAUCAUGGGCAGUGGGUCACGGAGAGAGCUGGGAUUGCAUCGCAGGCAAUCACCUUUUUUCAGGCCAUGUUCACUGCAGAUCCUAGUGUCACAUCUUUGGCCUUAGACAUGAUUCCACGGCUGGUCACUGAUGAUGAUAAUGACCGGCUAUGUGCUGUCCCGGAGAUGGAGGAGGUCAAGACUGCAGUCUUUGCUAUGGAUUCUCGGAGUGCAGCGGGGCCCGAUGGCUUUUCUGGGGCUUUCUAUAAGGCCGCUUGGACGAUCAUUUGCAUGGACUUAUUGGCGAUGGUGCAGGCCUUUUUCUUGGGCCACGACCUGACUCGCUCCCUCACGCACACUUCUAUUGUUUUGUUGCCCAAGAAGCCCAAUCCUGUGACUUUUGCGGACUUCAGACCCAUCAGUUUGUGUAAUUACCGCAAGAAGAUCAUCACGAAGAUUAUGGUGGUUCGCUUGGCUUCUGUGCUGCCCCGACUGCUCUCCCCGCAUCAGAGCGGGUUUGUGGCGGGGCGUUCUAUCACUAAUAAUAUUCUUUUAGCCCAGGAGAUGUGUCACGGGAUGCGGGUGGAUAAUGAAGAUGUCAUUCUGAAGUUGGACAUGAUGAAGGCCUAUGAUCGGGUCUCUUGGUUUUUCUUGAUGUCAGUGUUGCGCCGAUUUGGAUUUUCAGAGACUUGGAUCGAUUUGGUGUAUCGGGCCAUCUCGAAUAUAUGGUAUUCAGUCAUUAUUAAUGGGAUUCGAGAGGGCUUUUUUCAUUCGACGAGGGGCCUGCAGCAGGGCGACCCACUCUCUCCGUCCUUGUUCAUUCUAUCAGCAGAGGUUCUUUCUCGCUCUUUGGCCCAGCUGUAUACAGAUCCUGUAGUUGCUCGGUUUACACAGCCUCGUGAUG